CAAAUGUUGUUUACAACCCAUAUGAUCGCAGAAAAUAACAAAGUCCUGACAAAGAGAGUCGAAAAGAAAAUUGCUAAAACAAAUAAAAUUACCGCAAUUAUACGUUCACGUUAUUAUAUUUAUCAUUAAGGAGGCCCGCAAAUUGCGGGCGCAAACUGUUAGAGCGAUAAGCUAUCAAAUGGUAGUGUUCCUAUAAUAGGAACGCUAUUAAAUUGCGCGUCAAAUAACAUACGCGAGCACAAAAACUGUUGCGGCAGCGACGUGUCGCCGCGGUCGUCACUCGCCACCGCUACUGCGAGGAGCGGCGAGGAGCGAGGACUCGAGAAGUGAGGAGUCACGCACGCACGCCGCACGCAGCGCACGCGUGUGUGCGUCGGCAGCGUCGCUACUUAUCGCGCGAGAAGAAUCGGACUGUGCACCGCGCACAUCGCCGCGGCGACCCUUUUCAUCAUUCCGUUCCGUCGCCGAGACACAAGUAUACAAUACACUCAAAAUACACCACUACCGCUCCACGCGAGCGUACUCGACGCCACACGAGCACGAGCGAGGUUAUUUAAAAAUGGCGGACGCGUCGUCUUCCGACACUACCUCGGACUGCUGCAAUGAAUGUUUCUCUGACAUUACGUCGGAAAAGUCGGAGUACGUCGUGGUGGGAUGCAAGCCAUGCACAUCGCAUCGUCGCAGCAAGCGGAACCUCCUUCAGAAGCUACUGAUAAGGGAGAUGAGAGGAUGUCUAUCAGCGCACAAUUACGCCUUAGAAGAAAGACUGUUUACAGCUGUGCCUAAAUGGCGACACUUCCAUCUUCUGCACAUAAUCCCAAAAUCGGCACUUGAGGCAGGGCAUAUUGUUAUGGGCUUAACGCAAUGUGGUCAGUUCCUGCUCACGUAUACAUACACGUUGGACGUCAGCAGCAACACGUCUUUGUACAAAUAUCUAUUACAUUGGUGGGCUUUCACACCCAACCGUGUAGCCCGCAAAGUUUCCGAAGUUACAUUGUUCGGCAAUUAUACAAUUUAUAGAGAAUUAAGCAUAGUUAUAUCUCAGUGGCCGAUGGAGCGGAAUAAACUUGUAAUUCACGGUCUCGGUACAAAUUUCUUACAUUUACAACCGACUGAUAGAGCAUAUUUAACUAUAACGACAGUACCGUCUCUCGAGAAUUGCAAAGAUUGUUUGAAAGUUGCUGCAUCGUAUGAAGAAGAAGGUGAAGAAUUAGCCGCGAAUUGGGAUAGCUGUGUACGAUGUAACUGUUUACAACAUGGCCUUACGGUUCACACGACUUAUGAAGUCAUCUCGCCGUAUCCGAAGUUUCGAGCUACAGUAUGUCUCAAUUAUUGGAAUCACGUGGUGGUCAAUACGGGAAACUUCCUACAUGUUCUCAGGGUAGAUUUAAAUAUACCUAAGUCGAAGAAUCAGAGAGCGUGCGAUAAACAGGAUAAUGUUAUGCAUGAUCCCGUCGUUCCGGACACGAUCCCACUGGACAUGAGCGAUGUCGAGGAGACGGAUUACUCGACAAGGACAGAACGAUAUGAGAGUUCGGAUGAGAAAGUGAGCACGCCGGAAUGCGUCGAUCGAUCUCCCAAAUGCGAAUCCAGCAUAGAGCACGACUUUUUAGACGAGCCAAUAAAAUUAGACGAUAAGCUAGGACACGAUUUGCUAUUAAAUACCUCAAGCAAUAAUCAAAGCGACUAUGUCUGUGAUAUAAAUAGUAAGUCUACCGCUGCAGGCGCUUUAAAUGUUAAGUUAUGCGAAUGCUCGGACAUGACUGAAUGCAAGUGCCGAAAUAGCAGCAGCAGUAGCAGCAGCAGCCCUGUCUCGCGGCCGGUCGGCGUCGAGCAGACGGCCAUCUCAGUACGGGACAAGAUCCUGCAGGAUUUCUGCGAAGACACAUCGCAGGAACUCAAUAUCGGCAGCGAUCUUAUCACGUUAGUGAAACAUCCGUCGUGCUCGCCACGCUCGACACCGCAGAGACUGCCCGCUGAUCUCAGGGCGAUGACCACGUGGUCGUUACCGAUUCUCACUCCACCGUCGGACAUACUUCGCACUCGCAAUUCGGAAUCUAGUCACAGAAUCCAGGUCCAACGCAAUAGCAGUAGCAGCCAGCAACGUCCGAACUCGCCGCAACCUGGCGCGUCGCAACGAGACAACUCCGUGGCUUCCAUAAAUUCACCGUUGCAAUCCGUAUCAAUUAGUCCCUCGUCUUCAUAUUCAUCUCGUUUGAUGUCGCCGCCCAUUGCCCGAUCCUUUCGCCAUCCGAGCCCUCGCAAAAGAUCGAAUCUCCAUUCACCUCCGCCCGUGACGGCUCAAUCGACAAGAACGACGAGAGCGACGCACAAACUCAUCCUCGAGGCGGAGAAGGCGUAUGAGUUCACCGAUGAGGCACAAGAGACGACCUGCGAAAAGCUAAGUUCAUUCAGGAAGCGCCGACUUGCCGACAAGAAGUACGAGUUUUGCGAUGAGACGGAGGACGCAGAGAAUAUAGUUCCUUUCAAGCACAUACGCGAUCAGUUCAGACAUCGCGGUACCUGCUCCAUACAUCAGAUUCCCUCCUCCCCAGCGAUGUCGCCGGUUCUACCCAAUGGCCGAAGGCAUUGGGUCGAUUCGGAUCAGAGUGAAUCGGACGAAUUAAAUCUUGCUCAAGAUAUUAGUAUAGCCAACGACUUAUCGAAUACCGAAUCAGCUGAAAAAAGUGUCUUACGACCAUUGAAUCAAAAUCAGCUGUCUAAUGGAAGCGUGCAUAGAGACCGCAUCAGCAAAUGUUGCUCGAAUUUCUCGCCGUUGGUUCCUAGAAAUAACUUGCAGUAUCCUUUAAUAAAAUGUACCGCGCGUUUUAAACGGAGCUAUAUAGAACUCGAUGAUGAGAUGAUAUCGGUGAUCACAGAUGUGGAAGAUGAAGAAACAGGAGGGUAUGUAAGUUACCAGUGUGUACUUCCGAUGCUCGUGCAUGGUUCCGGAUAUGUUCAAAUGCAGAUGAUCAGCAAUAGUAAAGCGGAAAAACUGAUAGUGCCAUGCGUUUCUAUAACACAAUUGAGUUUUGAUAUCGAGACUUUUUCUCAUCAUAUAGCAGAUUGGAUCUGCUCAAGAUUCAAGAAAAAAUAUUGGCAUUGUAGCGAUUAUGAUAUCGAAAUAAUUGAUGUAUGUGCACUUAGCGGCGAUAUUAUAUGUUUGCAUAUAAUGAAAAUCCAAGCAAGUGAGUUAUGUAACCAAACACAAUGUAUUCCGCAAGAGAGGAAACAGUACGAAGUCGGAUGUAAGUUCACAUGGAACAUUGAUACGAGCCAAUACAGGAUAACGGAUGUCUUACCAAUGGAGGAAGUAAAGCCUGAAUCCUGGAAGCCGACUAUCACAAACAUACCGAAUUUUCGUAGCCAGUUAUGGAAUCCAACUCGCCGUUUGGCUACGCAGUUGCGGGAAAAGAUUCAACAACCAUACGCGCACACAGUGCGUUUUCUUCAUAACGAAAUGAGCUUGGCAGGCGAAUCUAUAACCAAACUCAUCGAUCUGGACAAUCUGGUGCAGUUCUACAUAACACCAGAAUACUACGUAGAACGUACAAACGACGCCUUAAUGGAGUGAGGAAAGAUGCAGGAGCCAUCGCACUUCAUUGCAAACAAUAAUUUAUUUAUUGAUACAAACUCCGCCAUUUUUGCCAACUCGCCGAGUCGCGGCGUAUAAUGUAGAGAAAUGUACUCCGAAUUGUUAACAAUACUGUUAGCAGGAAAGAGUAUCUUCCCUUUCGAGCAUAAAUAACGGAUAUACAGAGGAAUGUGUAAGCCAUAUAGGACUCUUGCUACAUCUUUUCUUUUACUUGCUGCUAAGCAAAAUCGAUUCAGGGCGGUGCGACUUGUUUAUAACUUAGAGACAUAGAUUAAAGGUACUAAUUAACGAUACAACGAAGCUCUCGCAAGCGUUUUGCUCCGAUUUGUAAAAUUUAUCAAUGCUAUAUACUAUACAUUGAUGCUGUCUACGCUAUCAUGGUAACUACUGUACUUUGGUAACUAGUAGAUAUAGAUGACAAAACUGAUUGUCAAUAAAUGUAUUGUAAUGUGAUUCAAAGUAAGAAAGAGAGAGCGAAGGGAUAAUUGGCGCGAUAAUUGUCUUGAUAUACUUUGGUCCCCAAAACUAAUUAAUGAUCUAAACCUCUAAAAAAGAAAGAACGUCAAGAUGUACAAGAAAUUUGUUUUCUUGUACGUGAUAUACACCGAAACAUGUCCUGCAUGCGUGUAGGACCAAAUGCGUUAUACUUAAUAUUUCAUGUUAUCACAAGAUUAUUGUAUCAUAAAGGCGAAUUUUUGCAGAA